GGUCCAUUCGUUCACAUGGGUGCUAUUGUAGCAUCGCUGUUAACACGAGUGACCUCAGCGUGCAGAUAUCAGGCGUUCUUCUCCAACGAAGGCCGUCGUAUGGAGUUGCUUUCGUCAGGUUGUGCUGUUGGCAUUGCUUGUACUUUCUCUGCACCUGCUGGAGGUGUUUUGUAUGGGAUCGAAUCGACAUCGAAGUAUUUCGCUGUGAAAAAUUAUUGGCGUGCAUUUUUUGCGACUACAUUCAGUGCAAUUAUCUUUCGUCUCGCGAAUGCACUAAUCAUACCUCCGAAUACAUCUGGCACAAUAACUGCUUAUUAUCAAACCAACUUCCCAAAUGAAGUGUUUCUGGUCGAAGAGAUACCCAUUUUUGCCUUAAUCGGAGUGCUGUCUGGGCUGGCCGGUGCUCUGUUCGUCUAUUUGCACAGGCAGAUCGCCUAUUUCAGACAACGAAAUAGAGUUUUCCAGGCGAUUUUUGGUCGUAAAAAGUAA